AUGGUGCGAGCGCCUGUGGUUGAUGAGAAUGGAUUGAAGAGAGGCGCGUGGAGUUUAGAAGAAGACCAUAAGCUCACAGCUUAUGUUGAAAAAUAUGGCCCUUGGAAAUGGCGGCAGGUCCCCAGGCUUGCAGGGUUGACGAGAUGUGGCAAAAGUUGUAGAUUGCGGUGGCUGAACUAUCUCCGCCCUGGUAUUAAACGAGGGAAUUACACAAACGAAGAGAACGAUUUAAUCUGCAAAUUGCAUGAGAAAUAUGGCAAUAGAUGGUCGACGAUCGCUGCAAAGUUACCAGGGAGAACAGACAACGAAGUGAAGAAUCAUUGGAACGCUCACCUAAAGAAACAAGUGAACCCGAAGGGCGCAGCAGCAUCGUCUCAGCCAAAGCCAAAGCAAUUAACGUCGUCCCAGAUUAAAUUGGCAAAAACAGAACCCAGUUUUUUCGACUAUUCUUCUUUAGAAUUUGGGAUCCUAGAAAGCUCUUCUUUGUCCCGACAGACAUUUUCCUCUGACGACAAUUUUGGGAUCAUGAACUGGGCAGUAGAAGAUUAUGAUCACAGUACUGGCUACGGCGAUUUCUGGAGUGAACCGUUCAUUUGGGAUGACAGAAAUAAUGUGGGGCAUGUUCCAGAUCCGGAUGCGUCCUGGGAAUUCUCUUCAGACUAUGGAAUAUUUUCACCUCACCAUGAAACGACAUACGAUGAUUACGUUGAUUUGUUCUGCUCCUUGCUCUGAGUGAGCUACCAUAGUUUGUUUAUAAACAAAAACAAAAAAAAAGGCUCAAAAUGGGAUGGUGUUUCAGCAGAUUUUCUUGCUACUCUACUAUUGGAAAUUAUAAUC